AAACUUUUGCCGUUUGAUUUACCUUGCACCGUGAUUGUCGUCACAACGAAAGUUUGAUCCUAUGAUCGCAACACUAGUGAUGGAAGCGUUCAAUUCGUACGUUGAGAGCUGCCACACAAUUAAAGCACUGUUGCCGGAAUGGUGCGAUCAUCGUGUCAAAGUUGAAGCGGAGCUGCGUGAGCUUACGCACCAGUUCGAUGAGUGGAAAGUGGAAGCAGAACGAGCUGGAAUUGCUUCGAUGGCUGUGCUUCGCAGUGAUGCCAGAGAAGGCCCAACACCGGUCACAGGAUGCGCGUUCAAGUUUGUCUGCAGUGAUUCACUUCGAAAACGCAUAGACGACACUGUAGCACUUCUAGAGCAGGCUAAACCUUUGACGGAGAAUCUCAUCAAGGCUAUCGAAGCGUUCCAAGAGAAGGAAAAUCUCUUUUUAGAAAAGAUCGACUACGGCAGUUUCAAGGACUGCCGAGAAUUCGUACUGCCAAGUGAUACCAAUGUCUACCCUUUGCUUGCCGUUGUAUGGCGUCUCAGUCGCCGAAAAUUUUCCGAGCUCGAUUUCUUUCCCAGCAUGCUCGGUAUAUUGUUGAAUCUAAAAGAGUCAUUGCAUCUCGCCAGGACUGUCAGAAAUAUUCCGAAUCUGGCUGUCGAAGGUAUUCAAGGUCGCUACGAAGUUGCAUUCCAGCUUCACAAUCUCGCUAGCUGUGUCAAAUGGGAAUGUCACCAUUUACCUCAUUUGAUUAUGGAAUAUCUACCAAUACCGUGA